GUAACAUGGUGGCAGUCUCAAACUUGGUGGGAAACAAAUACACAAGGCCUCUCCACAAAGGAUGAUUCUUUAAAAGUUAACAUAACACUGUCAUUUGGCAGAAGGUUUCACAUAUCUGGUGGUAUAAAAGUGAGAUUUUACAAUGAAAGGCCAUUUGAGAUGUUUUUGGAGAAGUCUAAAGACUUUGGAAAAACUUGGAGAGUUUUGCAAUAUUUUGCUUUUGAUUGUUCUAAGUCAUACAACAUGCUUGGAACAGCUCCUGUCGAUAAAAACAGUCUAUUUAAUGCAACAUGCACUGAAGAUUAUAGUGGACAGUACCCUCCCAGAUAUGGAAAAGUGGAGUACAGGUUUGAUGCAAGAUAUGAACCAGGAUGUGGUUACUUCAAUCAAGAUAUCCAGAAUUUCAUGCUUGCAACAAAUGUGCGCAUCAGACUGGAAAAACCAUUUACCGAUGGCCUUGGAAGUUUAUUUCCAAUUGAAGAAAACCUCAACAAAUACUAUUAUGCCAUUUCAGAUAUUGUAAUUACGGGACGGUGUAACUGUAAUGGGCAUGCACAGUUCUGUACUGGACCUCGCAUGCAAGAGACUUGUGAUUGUGAGCAU